UACCCUUAAAGGAAUGGGUGAAUUUAAAGAUACUGUAGGAGCCUAUAUAUAGCCUUAAGUGGAACUGGUACCCUAAGAGAAUUUUUAGUUGAGAAAAUGACUGAUGAAGCUCAUGUUAAAAUUCAGAUUGAAUCUCAGAAUGAUAAUAGGUCUGAUGACAUUGCUGGUGUGGUGCCAUUAAAGCCUAUGGCUUCUGCUAAUACCUCUUCAGACCAUGAAAAUUUAAUAACAAAUGAGGAACAAGUCACUAAAUUAUCUUCUGAUGAUGAUGAAAGUGGUUAUACACAACUUCACCAAGCUUGUAUUAAUGGUAACUGUAAAGAGGUUGAUGAAUUGUUACGCAAAAAAGCAGUGGAUGUCAAUGCUACUGAUAAAGAUGGAUGCACACCACUUCAUUGUGCUUGUAAGAUUGGUAAUGAAGGAAUUGUUAAGCUUCUUAUUGAGAAAGGAGCUGAUUCAUGUAUAUUUAGCCAUGAAAGACGUACACCACUUCAU